CAGAAACUACAGAGUAGAACUGUACAGACUGCCACUUUGAGAAUGGAGAUGACACUGUGUUUUCCACUGUUGCUGCUGAUCUGCUCUCUCUCCACGGCUCAGCAUCAGACAGAGUCUGACAAUGAAAUUAUUCCACAUGGAAAGCAAGCUGAAUCCCAGGGAAGAGGACCAACAAAUGUCUCUGACCGCCAACAAACCGGCACUCAAGACAUCCAUGCUGUGCUGAGAGAGAUGAGCGCCUUGUUGGCUGAACAGAGGGUGGAGAUGAGGCACUUACAGAGAGAGAAUGAAGCACAAACAGCUAAGCUGAAAGAACUGGACCUACAGAGGACUGAGCUGGAGAGGCUGAAGCAACAACUUCAAGCACAAACAGCUAAGCUCAAAGAACUGGAGCAACAGAAGACUGAGGUGGAGAGGCAGAAGCACCAACUUCAAGCACAAGCAGCAGAGCUGAUCACCUUGAAAGCCAGGUCAAAUGUCACAGAACACCAGGUGGAGGCUCUGAUGAGAGAUGGAGAAGUCAAACAGGUGGCUUUCUCAGCCUCUCUGUUGGCUUCAGGUUCAGGACAUGUUGGACCAUUUAACACAGACACUUCUCUGGUCUUCAGACAUGUCAUCACAAACACAGGAAACGCCUACAACCCAAACACAGGUUUUUUCAUUGCACCAGUGAGAGGAGCCUACCACUUUGAGUUUUACAUAGGUGCAGGCGGACAUGCUUCACAUGCUUCAGGUGCAUACUUGGUCAAGAAUGGAGGACAUACUUUUUUUUCAUUUUUGCAUCAGUCGUCCUUUUUUGGCAGCUCUGCUAAUGGUGCCACGCUGCUUCUAGAGGUUGGAGAUGUUGUGUUUUUGCGUCAGUGGGUGAACACAAGAAUAUUUGACAAUGAAAAUUAUCUUAGCACCUUCAGUGGUCAUCUGCUUUUCACCAUGUGA